AUGUCUGUUUACACCUCGCCCUCCGCUCGUCCGACGGACGUGACUGACCUUCAGGAGGAGAAUGACGUAACUGUGAUCUCGUCACAGCUAUCAUCCGACGAGCUCGUCAACAACGAGGACAUUUCCACCACACAUACUAUCAUUGAGGCCGGCCGAGAGGAAGAAAAGGAUGCCAAUGGCCAGACUGUCGUUAGUUUCAAUAUUUGGAGCAUUCUUCAAAAGGGCGCCAUAAAUUUGGUCUUGCCCUUCAUCAACGGAAUCAUGCUUGGGUUCGGUGAGAUCUUUGCCCACGAGGUGGGCUUCAAAUACGGCUUUGUGGGUGCUAGGGUGCAGCCUCCGAGAAGACACCUUCAGCAGAAGCCCAAGUUUAUUUAG